UAAAAUGAGUGGACGAGGAAAAACCGGAAAGGCCAAGAGCAAGCCCAAGUCUCGCUCGUCCCGGGCCGGACUGCAGUUCCCGGUGGGCCGUGUUCACAGGCUCCUGAGAAAGGGUAACUAUGCUGAGCGGGUGGGUGCCGGAGCCCCGGUCUAUCUGGCCGCUGUGCUCGAGUACCUGACGGCUGAAAUCCUCGAGUUGGCCGGUAACGCGGCUCGGGACAACAAGAAGACCCGCAUCAUCCCCAGACACCUGCAGCUGGCCGUCCGCAACGACGAGGAGCUCAACAAGCUGCUGGGAGGGGUAACCAUCGCUCAGGGCGGGGUGCUGCCCAAUAUCCAGGCCGUGUUGUUGCCCAAGAAAAGCGGCGCGCCCGCCAACCCCAAGGGCAAGUAAAGAGACAAAGCGACAAUUUAGAAACCCAAAGGCUCUUUUCAGAGCCACUCAGAUUGUCUGUGGAAGGGCUGAGCACCGGCUGGGGUGGGUCCGGGGGAUUUCCGUUCUGGGUGUCUGUCGUAGACAAGCGUCUUAAACUCUCAAAGACUUCCGUAGUUAUUUGUGCACAGAGCGCCCUCUCAGCCCGUGCUCCCUCCCAUUCCCGAACUGCCUAAUUUUAGCGGUAAACAAAGACUUCGCCGCCGUCUCCAUUUCCUGAAUGAAUGUAGAGCGGCGAUUGGUAGUAAAUCGCCUCAUCUGUUGAUGAAUGAAACAGCCUCAUUCACCAAUUAACAGGCGGCAACAGGAAAAGCGCCAAAACUGAUCGCCGAGAUCGUGACAUUUGUAAAGUCCACCAAAAGGAAAAUUAUUUUGUAGAACAGUUCAAAAGUAAAUAAUUACAAGUGUGUGUGAAUAGGAGCCGUCACGAGACGCUAAUCCAUUCAUAAUAUAGACUGUGAAAUAUGUUAAAUGUACAAAGUAAAUUUAUUAUUCAGAUCUGUACGCCAUAUACAACUUGCAGGCACCCACAAUCUAUGAAAAUCCACACACAACAAAG